AUGACUUCUUUCGACUUCCGGGACAUGUCGCGCAUGGGAAAGCGACAAGAAAUGCGCAGAGUCUUUCGACAAUUCUCGAUUUUGUCCUUCACUUGCGUGAUCAUGGCGACUUGGCAGUUUUUGCUGACCGCAAACACGCAAGGCCUGGUUGAUGGUGGCAGAGCUGGUCUCUUCUGGAGUUACAUCUGGACGCUGGGUGGCUUUGGUCUGAUUAUCGCGAGCAUGGCGGAGAUGGCGAGUAUGGUGAGGGUGAGCGAACUCGCACCAGAAAAGUACCAGAAAUUCCUCAGCUACACCACAGGCUGGCUCUCCACAAUGUCAUACCAAGCUGGCAACGCCUCAGGUUUCUUCCUCGCAGGAACAAUCAUCCAGUCGCUCGCAAUGGUCAACUACCCAGACAGAUACACAGCAUCUAAUUGGCAGAGCACGAUGUGCGUUCUAGCUGUUGUGGUCGUCUCCGGGAUCUUCAACAUCUUCUUUUCGAAAUUCUUUCCGAUCCUCAACAACAUCUCGAUGGUGUUGCAUCUUUCUGGAUUCGUUGCCGUCGUUGUGGUUUUAUGGGUGCUUGCGCCUCAUCCGCCUGCGAGGGAAGUCUUGUUGGAGUUCUCGAAUACGGGAGGGUGGCCGACGAUGGGGCUCAGUUUGAUGGUGGGCCAGAUCAGUGCGAUUGCUUCUCUUGGAUGUUCAGAUGCAGCAGCACACAUGGCCGAAGAAGUCAGCGACGCAGGGCUUUCCGUUCCCCGAUCAAUGAUGUGGACGUUCUACAUCAACGGCUCCACCGGACUGGUCUUUCUCGUCUCACUGCUCUUCGCAAUCCCGUCAGUGGAAGACGCACUGAAUGAUCCCACCGGCUACCCUUUCCUCUACGUCUUCAAAUUGGCGAUGCCAGAGAAUAACAUUGGCAUCAACAUCUUGACAGUCGUGACAGUCUGGUGCUUACUGGUUGGCAACGUGUCCUUCACCGCCACUUGCGCGCGUCAAGCCUGGAGUUUGGCCCGAGACCGUGGACUACCAUUCUCCUCCUGGAUAUCGCGGAUGAAUACACGAUGGCAUAUCCCCGUGAACGCAACAUUGCUGACGCUCGUAUGCACCGUCUUGCUAUCUCUCAUCAAUCUCGGAUCGAACGCAGCUUUCAACGCGAUUCUGUCGUUGCAACUCUCGGCUCUCAUGGCUUCGUAUGCCAUUUCGAUCACCUGCAUCGCCCUCAAGAAGUUUCGCGAUCCGGAUUCCCUCCCCAAAGCCAGAUGGUCCUUGGGAAAGUUGGGGCUUCCAAUCAAUAUCAUGGCCACCUGCUAUUCCAUCUUCGCCAGCUUCUGGACAUUCUGGCCGAAUAGCACUCCGGUUGACGCCGAGUCCUUCAACUGGGCACCAGUGAUUUUCACGGCAGUCAUGGCAUUCGCCAUGAUUACCUACGUGGUGCAAGGACGACAUCAAUUCGACGGUCCUGUUGCCUUGGUCAGGAGGAUGUGA